CGAAAAACGAAAUAUUUGUUUGUUAUUAUAGAUAUACCAAAUAUUGAUCAAUAUAUGCAAUCAUUAGAAACAUCUCGACGUUAUCUUCUUGAUAUUUGGAGUUAA